AAACACGCGGAACGCGAGUCGCGAGCGCGAGCUUUAUACUGUGGAAUCUUGUCAACAAAUGAAUCAAGUUAUUUAGUCAUUCCAUCAUGAAUGAUAGCGAAUAUAUUUACUGUCGCCUUUGCGCUCAUUUAAAGCCGAGACACGCAUUAAUACACCUAAUAUCAGAGGAGGAACAUUGCCAAGAAAUUGUAAAGUGGUUGUCCCGAUUCAACGUUCAAAUAAACUUAAACGACUAUAAUUUGCCAAAAAUGGCCUGUAUUACUUGCGUAGUGUCGCUAGAACGAGCAUUCGAUUUCAUUUCUGCUGUUGAGCGAGCGCAAUCUACUCUAAACGAAAUAAUUUUACAGCCACAGCUUGUGAAGGUAGAACCUUUUUCUGAUGAUGAAAACAUUGGUUACGAGGGUCCAGCGGACAACGACAAUGAAAUCGAGAAUAUUACAGUCGAGACUAAUAAAAGAGAUUCCCCGUCUGAAAAAUCGUUCGAAAACAAUGUAGAAAAGUCUUCGAAAGAAAUGGAAAAAAUGCGUCUUUGCAUCAGUGUGGAACAUUUACCUUUAUCUCAGGUGCACAUGACUUGGAGGGACUGCGAGUGGCUCUGCCGGCUCUGUAGAACUCGAUACCCCACAUUUGUGGAACUUCAUACUCACUCUAUGCAAUACCACAAGGUCUGUAACCCAUACCAAUGUACAGAUUGUAAAAAAAGUAUUUUUCAGCUCGACCACUUCCUAAAACAUUCGAAACUGCACAGAAAGUACUUGAAAUUCUCAUGUUACAAGUGCCACAUGAAGUUUUUGACUUCAGAAGACACUUUAAAACAUCAGGCAGAACAUAAAGUAACGGAUCAUAUUUGUAGCGGAUGCAAUGAAAGUUUUAAAUGUCAAGAGGCACUAGCCGAGCACAGAAGCACAUACCGCAGUGUUGAAAAAAGACAGGCAGGAGACAAUGGACGAAAACUGGCAAUAGUAGGAGGUAGCCAUACUUGCACAGUGUGUAACAAAACAUACUCAAAAAAACAUAAUUUGGCUAAACAUAAGUUGAUUCACACGCUCAGACAAAAGGAUUACUUGUGUCAAAUUUGUGGCAAAAGUUUCUACCAUAAAGGAAGCUUAGAGGACCAUAUUAUACGGCACAGCGAUUCAAAGCCAUAUCAAUGCGAAAUUUGUAAAUCGACCUUCCAAACCUUACACCGGUUAAGUGCACAUAAAAAAAGCCAUAGUGCAGAGAAGCCAUUCUCUUGUGAUCAAUGCGGAAAAUGUUUCCGUUUGAAAAGGCUACUCAGUGACCACAGUUUUGUUCACACAGAUUCUUAUCCUCAUGUCUGCAGUUAUUGCAAUAAGGGUUUCCGUCGCAAGGUGUAUAUGAAUCAGCACUUACGCCAGCACACUGGUGUUAAGCCAUAUUCAUGUGAAAUUUGCCAAAGAGACUUCUCUAACUGGCCGAAUUACAAUAAGCAUAAGAAAAGACGACAUAAUACAGAUAUGGCAAAGACGAAACGUGCUCCUGAGGGAACUUUACCCAUAGACUCUGGCCCCGGGAAGGUUAUAUCUGAUAAAAAAUUAGAAAAAAGAUAAAACUUUUGGAACAGAGAGAUAGACACCAGAAAAAUACAGCGACUGCUAAAGGAAAAGGCAAAAAUUUUAAUAAUAAUGAGUGAAUAUUGCAUUGAUUUCAGAUCCAUUUUUAAAGCUUUUUAAAUCUUGUCUAGAACUGCUAAACAUUGGUACUGAUAUAAUAAAAUGCUGGUACUCAGCUGCAUCUGGUUAGACUGGAAUCCGACCUAAUCGUCUGACAUCCUAAAUCCAGUUACCUGGGCAACCUGAUACCUCUUGGUACCUAUAAUGACUGUCAAAUAUGUAAUAUGUGGUAUGCAUCAGGUUGAACAAUGCCAUCCGUGGGUAAAUGUCCAUAAAAGUUUACGAUUCGAACUUUUACCAUUGUUUACUUACUUGGUAAAUCUUAGGAUUUACAUAAACGGUUACCAUCUUACCACAAAAACUUUUAAAAUUCAGUUUAAGACUUGUCUAAAAAAAUGACAAAUUGUGACGUUGACAUAUGGUUCAUUUUGCAGCCACACAAUUUUUUUAGAAAAGUGUAAAACAGGUGUUUAAGUUUAUGUAGUAAGGCCAUUAAUGUCGAAAAAAAAAACAUGUCAUAACUCUUUCAGGGUAGCGUAGCAAUUUAUAAUUAAGCACCAAAAUAUAAUAAAAAAACUAUACAAAAUCACUUUAUAAGCGUUAUUUGGUUUUUAGGAGGUAUUUAACAUAUUUAAAAAAAAAUCUUGUUCCUAAUUUUUUUUAAUACGACUUCGAAAUGAAAAUAAUGUAAAGGGCAAACAGUUUUACCUAAGUUUUUGACUAAUGGUUACUUAAAAUAAAUGAAGAAGAAUUGAUUAA